AUGAAGCUCGGGGGGGUAUUCAAUGAGGAGAUCCAGAUGGCGAGUGCACAGAUACGGAGCAGGAUAAGCAUCACCAUGCAAAGAACGGGCAGCGCAAAGCUCCUUCCCCAACCUGUUUGUCGCAGGGGAAGGGAAAGGACUAUCCACGCACUUUCAAUCGCUCAGAAUCCCCUCAGCGACGCCCAUCCCAACAUGUUCGCUCUGAAUCUUCUCACCCACGCUCUCCUCAACACAUCAGGCCCUCAAAGUCCCCUCGUCGAUACCCAUCAUCUGGAGGAGUUUCUGCUGUUUGAACGGUUCAAAGACGCUCACCUGCACGUCACUCACGUCGUUCCUCUCGUUCAACAUCUCCACAUCGACAACAAUCAUCUCAGCAAGUCAGAUAUCCAUGCGCUUCAUCAUCGCGUACACAGUCUCCUCUUUGGCGCCCAUCUCGACCAGUCACUUCUUCAAGUCGCAGUCACACGCAGCCCACCUCUCGUGGAUGCUCUCCGUCACGCUCUCCAUCUGACUCUACUCUGGCUGCAGAAGACACUCGUCGAUCUGGCAACAGCAAACGGAAGGUUACUUUCUGGAGUACGACACAGAUAUGUGCCGGCUGAGCUCAAAAAAAUCAUCAUCUCCAUCACAAAAAGGGCAUAUGAUAUCUUCCCGCAGGGCUCCGCAAUGCGAAAGGAGGAGGUUCAAAAGCAGGUCACUGCUGCUGCUACUAGGCUCCUCAAGAGCGGUGACUACCUCCGGCUCCCUGACUCGUCUAGUGGACAAUUCAUGAAUUUCACAGCGCAGGCUCUCAGGGACGCGUGUCUCGAAUUUUACUACUCUAACAGCAAGAAAGCAUUGAAGAACACGAACAAAUUCCACCGCACGAUCCCCAUCAAUGUGAUGCUUCUUGUAGCAGCGGUGUUGAAGGGUGUUAUCUCUGGCUUUCAGGAGACCGGCACUGACAAGGUUCCUGUUCUAACCACUGAACAGUGCAGGACCCACUUCGUCAAUUUACGCAAAUCAGUUGACAUGCUGCUUGACAUCCCGGAGCGCCGCUGUGGAGAAAGGCUCAAGUCGGAAGGUGCACGAAGGCGCGCGGGAACGCGCGAGGCUGAUGUGAUGAACGCGCGGAACACGCGAGCCGUGCGGAAGGGUCGGAACGCGCGCGUGAGUCCAAGUAAGGGAAAAGUCGCUAUGCAAGCUCUCAGGGUAUUGAGACGUAAGGGAAGCGGAUAG